AGAAAAAGUCUCGAGAGACAGAGUCAAAGACGUUGCAUGCAGCGCCAGGUCAUGCGAUAGCCAGAAUACUUGUAUGCCCGCCAACGUCUGAAAAUGCAGCUUAAAAAGAUCCUAACAUGCGUCUUAUGUAUGAUAGCAACAUGCAUUUUACGUUGUGGGGCUGUUACGCCACAAAUGCUGCUAAAAUCUCGACAGCAUAUCGAUGAUUUCCAUCGUAACCGCCUUGCACAAGCUGUAAAGGGCACGAAAAACAUUUCUCGUGAAUGUACUCAAGCUCUGGUUUACUUGGAAACGUCCAACAACACUGAUUUACUGACUACAUAUAUUGAUGCAAUGGGUAAACCUGGAGCAGGUAUUAAAGUUGGUAGUAUGGUAUGGCUGGGUUCAUACAGUGAAUGUAAAGCAAUAUCUGGUUCAUCAUACUGCUUGGCUAAUAUUGGUCCAAAACCUAAAAAUGGUAGCAACACUCCAGGAAAUCCAUUUGCUAGUGGCUUUAAAUUGGGAUUAUGUGUACCUAAACAAUGCAGUGAGACUGAUAUAGCUGUUGGUUUACAAGACAUAAUUAAAGCUUUUGGCUUAGAUGCAUAUUUUCAGUUGAAUCCAGAUAUAUUUACACUAUUAAUGGCACCAGAAAUGAAAACUGUCAACUGUGCAAAACCCUCAAAGUACACUGGUGGAGUCAUUGCUACUCUCACUCUAUGUGGUGUCCUGCUAUUUCUGUGUCUCUGUGGUACAAUCAUUGACAUAGCAUCCAGUUAUGUAUCUCAACUCUCUAUCAAGAAGUCUAAUGGUUUUGUGCCAAUAACCAAUGAAUCUCCACAAGAAGAACAAGACUCUUUUACAGUCAAAGGAAGAGACAGGUUUCGUAAGCCAAGUCAUUCUGAUCAUUCAAAAGAGACAGAAAUGGUGCAUCAAACUAUUGAGUAUAACCAAAGUUUCAUAAAAGAAUUCUUUCUGUCUUUUUCUCUCAUACGAAAUACAACCCAGAUCAUGAAUACCAAUGUUCCUCCGAAUGCCAUAACAUCCAUCAAUGGCAUGAGAGUCCUCAGUAUAUUGUGGGUUGUACUUGGACAUACUUUCCUAUGGCAGCUUAUUAGUGGACUUAAUUCAAAUAUUCUUGAAGAAUUUACCAUUUUGCAGAGAUUCUCAUUCCAAGCCAUCUCGAAUGCUAACCUUUCUGUUGACUCCUUUUUCUUCUUAAGCGGUCUCCUUGUUGCUUAUUUGUCAUUUCGUCAAAUGGAUAAAACAAAAGGAAGCCUGAAUCUGUUCAAAUUUUAUUUCCAUCGAUUUUGGAGGUUAACUCCUGUGUACAUGUUUUUGUUGCUGUUUUAUGACCAAAUGUUAAGCUUCUUGGGUGAGGGUCCAGAAUGGUAUCAGCUGCAAACAAAGCAGCCAUGUGAUAAGUAUUGGUGGACAAAUUUGUUGUACAUCAAUAACUUUUAUCCCACAUCAUUUCAAGGUUCUUGCAUGAACUGGACAUGGUACUUGGCAAAUGACAUGCAAUUCUAUGUAAUAAGUCCUGUUGUGAUUUAUGUAGCAUACAGAUUUGGCAAGUAUGGCAUGACUGUGUCUGCUGGUAUUUUGAUGUCUGUAUGUAUCAUUUCUAAUGCUGUUAUCAUGGACUACUAUGAGUUUAAUUCUGCUAUGCUUGGUGGAGGUGAAAAUCCAGGGAAUCAACAUGAACUUGACUAUCAAAGUUAUGUAUAUGUCAAACCCUACUGCCGUAUUGCUCCCUACCUUAUUGGUAUGGUCCUUGGCUACCUGUUUCAUGUUUUCAAGGACAAGUUAUCCAGGUCACUGUCUUGGUGGCUUCUCCUCUGUGGAUGGUGUGUGGCGAUUGUAUUAGCUUUAGCUCCAUUGUAUGGCACUUACAAAGCUUAUAAAAAGAACCCACAGCCUCUAACCCUUACCGAAAAUGUCUUUUAUGCAACGUUCUCAAGGAUUUCAUGGUCGCUGGCUCUUGCUUGGGUUAUCUAUGCCUGCCAUGCUGGAUAUGGAGGUCUGGUUGAUAAAAUCCUGUCAGCUCGUUUCUGGAUUCCCUUAAGUCGUCUUACUUACUGUGUGUACUUGGUUCAUAUUAUUAUACUGGAGGCGUAUUUUGGCAGCUAUCAAACUGUCAUGUUCUACUCAGACGUCAAUAUAGCCUGGCAUUUCUUAGCUUGUACCACGGUCUCCUAUUUCGCUGCGUACAUCGUGUCUGUCACAUGUGAAGUCCCCAUGAUGCAAUUGGAGAAACUCAUAUUCAAAACCGAUCGUAAACGACACUAGAAUGCUGAGAGCUACAGUGUAACUACAUACAAAAGUAGAAAAUGGUAGAAACGGUGAUAAGAUUUUAGAAUAGUUGUAUUUUUUUAAUCCACAUUUUGUAAAUUCAUAAAAUUUGUCUAACAAGCUUAUAGUUUAUUUUAAUAUUAUGAAAUACAUGAUUUAGACUAACGGAAAUUGUAUAAUAGAAAAAUUCAUAAAUUUAAAUGGUACCCUGUAUAUUAUCCUUAGCCACUUAUCCUUAGACUUCUCUGAAGCAUAUUUUAGAACAAACUCGAAGAGUUUUUAGCAUUUUUCAUUUAUUCAUAACUAUAACUUCUAGUCUAACGAUAGAAAACAAUACAAUUAACGGCAUUUAUGUAAAAUCAUAACAUUUUAGCUGUAUUAAAGAUGAUUUGUGUUA